AUGCACUUCAAUCAUCUCAAUGCUCAUGAUUCUGGUAAGUUAGGUUUCAUAUUCUAUACAAUAGGGGAUGAACCAAAGUUUUAUUACACUGAGUAUGAUGAGAAUUUAAACCGAUUUGGAAGAAGAACAAGGAUUAAUCUAAAACCCCCAUAUAAAAAUUAUUCAAUUCUGGCUUCAUGCAAUGGUUUAGUUUUCUUCGGUUUAGUUGGCUUCCAUGGAAGAUUUCAUAAUGGGUAUAUUUGUAUCUGUAAUCCGAUUACCGGAGAACGUAUUGUCCUCCCACAGGUUGGAGAUGCAAGAAACAUUCUAACUGGAUUUGGUUUUGGUUACUGUGCUUCAACCAAUGAGUACAAGGUUGUCACCAUUAGAUGGGGAACUGUUCUUGGAUACACUCUUGGUAGCUACACUGGUUGGAGAUAUGUUGAAAACAUGGACCGUGAUAUAAUACCUGGUAGAAAAAUUGGUGAGUUUCUGAAUGGAGCUAUUCACUGGGUGGACCAGAAAGGAACUAUUUUUGCGUUUGAUUUGGCUGAUGAAGAGUUCCACGCACUUCCUUCAUCACCUUGUUUGCUAAAAGCUGGUAAUCCCCCUUAUGUUGCUAGACUCGGAGAAUUUUUAUGUGCAAUUUAUGAAAAUGGUGUAAGCCGUGACAUAUGGAUUUUGAAGAAUUAUAAAAAUCAUGAGGAUGUGACUUGGAAUAACGAGUUCAUUCGUAUCAACGCCGAACCAAUCACCUUUAUUAGGAGUGGUAAGGUUCUAGGCUACAGAGGCCUUGGUAGAAUUGUCUAUCGUUGCGAUCUAAAAGCAUCAUCUUCCAAAGUGCGUGUCAAAUCCGGUAUGCUUUUUCAGCGUGGAGUUCCUCACAGAAACACCUUGGUAUCAUUGGAAGGAUUAGGAGCUAUUUAUCGGAACUAUUGA